AUGAAUAAUCCAAAUUGGAAAAGCUUGUCGAAUGAAUUGAGACGCAGGGCUCAACAGGCUGGCUCAUCCGGAAGUGGCAAAAACCCAAGAAGCCCGUUUGCACUCUUUGGUGGAAUCGGAGGCGCGUUAGUCCUUGGAGGUGUGGUUUUAUUUGCUCAGAAUGCCUUGUUCAACGUCGAAGGUGGUCAACGAGGCAUAUUGUAUUCGAGAAUUGGCGGUGUUCAACAAAAGAUUUACCCUGAAGGUACCCAUUUUGUCAUUCCCUGGUUGCAAAGACCGAUAAUUUUCGACGUGCGUGCCAAACCGAAAGAAAUUGCUUCUUUGACAGGUACAAAGGACUUGCAGAUGGUCAAUAUCACGUGUCGAGUCUUGUACAAGCCCGAUAUUUUCAAAUUACCCACGAUUUUCACUUCGUUGGGAUUAAACUAUGAAGAAAAAGUGUUGCCUUCCAUCGUCAACGAAGUGUUAAAGUCGGUUGUUGCGCAGUUCAACGCAGCCCAGUUGAUUACUCAAAGAGAAAAAGUCUCUAGAUUAGUGCGUGAAAACUUGGUGCGCCGUGCUGCCAAGUUUGACAUUGCCUUGGAUGACGUUUCCUUGACAUAUAUGACUUUCUCGCCUGAAUUCAGUGCUGCUGUUGAAGCUAAACAGAUUGCUCAACAAGAUGCGCAAAGAGCCGCAUUUAUCGUGGACAAGGCCAUCCAGGAGAAGCAGCAGUUGGUGGUCAAGGCUCAAGGUGAGGCUAAAUCUGCCGAGUUGAUUGGUGAAGCUAUCAAAAAGUCAAAAGAUUACGUGGAGUUGAAGAGAUUGGACACUGCGAGAGAAAUUGCAAACAUUUUGUCCUCGUCGCCAAAUAGAAUCCUUUUGGAUAACGACACCUUGUUGUUGAACACCGUUGUAGAUAGCCGUAAUAAAAAGUAA